CCGGGGCCGCCGCGCCGAACGCCGCUGCCACCAUGAACAUCUUCCGGCUGACCGGGGACCUGUCCCACCUGGCGGCCAUCGUCAUCCUGCUGCUGAAGAUCUGGAAGACGCGCUCCUGCGCGGGCAUUUCCGGGAAGAGCCAGCUUCUGUUCGCACUGGUCUUCACGACACGUUACCUGGACCUCUUCACGGCCUUUAUUUCCUUAUACAACACGUCUAUGAAGCUCAUCUACAUUGCUUGCUCCUACGCCACCGUGUACCUGAUCUACAUGAAAUUCAAGGCAACCUACGACGGAAACCACGACACCUUCCGCGUGGAGUUUCUGGUGGUCCCAGUGGGAGGCCUCUCGUUUCUAGUCAAUCAUGACUUCUCCCCUCUCGAGAUCUUGUGGACCUUCUCCAUCUACCUGGAGUCCGUGGCCAUCCUCCCGCAGCUGUUCAUGAUCAGCAAGACAGGCGAGGCAGAGACCAUCACCACCCACUACCUGUUCUUCCUGGGCCUCUACCGCGCCUUGUACUUCUUCAACUGGAUCUGGCGCUUCUACUUCGAGGGCUUCUUCGACCUCAUCGCCGUCGUGGCCGGUGUCGUCCAGACCAUCCUCUACUGCGACUUCUUCUACCUGUACAUCACGAAAGUGCUCAAGGGAAAGAAGCUCAGCCUGCCAGCGUAAGUGCCAAAGACCGCCGCCGCAGCCUCUGCCCUCCGGGUGCAGCGCGGACAGAUGUUCACCACAGCAAAGGCGGGAGGUGCUCCCCAGGAAGAUCAGAAACGCCCCUGUCGCAGACGGUCACCAGCGGCUCUGGAGGUGCCGAGGCCAAGGACCCCGAGGGUUUCGGUUUGAAGCACCCUGCCUUAUCUUUUUUUAUUACUAUGUACAAAGAUUUUUUACACAAAGAAACGCGAUGCUGUAUUAAUACAUUCAGUAUGUAGCUUCCAUGGGGCUAGUGUCCAAAACAGGAAGAUUUGGUGAGGAAUCAUUGCAAACCCGUUCUUUGGUUUUUCUUUUCUUUUCUCUCUUCUUUUUUAAAUUUAAAAACAGUUCUUUUGAGAUUGCUGAUUCUUUGUGUUGUAGUGUAAAUUGUACCCCUCAACCAUUGGUAGAUUACAGCUCAGCCUAUCAUUCCACUA